AAUUCUUAUAAACUUAGCAAUGUGCAUACGUGUACGAUAAAACAUGUCAGACUAUACUGACAGACAGUAAAUGGAGUAACACUGAUUAGGAUGUCAAAACUACUACAUCUCUGUAUAGUUUAUUUACAGAUAUGUAUUGUGUAUAUAGGAACUGUAUUCAUACAGGCUUCUCAAGAUAUAACAGAAUCUGAUGAGUGACUGUCAGAGUGAGGCUGUGUCGCAGUGUGAGACACAGUGUUGAUGGAGGUUCUUUCACUGCUAGGAUGGAUGUGUACAUUUUCCUCCAUUGCUGUGCAGUUUGUGGGCAUUGAAAUAUGUCUUCGAAUCUGGAAAAAAGGCAGCACCGGUGACAUCUCACCAGCCCCUUUUGUGGCUAACCUUAUUGCGGCCUCUCUCUGGAUUAAGUAUGGGUUGAUGACAGCGAUCCAGUCUCUUAUCAUUGUAAACUGUCUCGGAGCUCUAUUGGCGUUUAUUUAUGUGAUAUUUUUCUACAUUUAUUCCAUUAGAAAGAGCCUGAUCAGCCGGUUUAUGGUGGUCUGUUGCCUCUCCAUCUGUCUGCCUUAUUUGUAUGUCGAAAUGUAUUUAGAAGACUUGAAGGUGGCGGUAGAUCACCUGGGCAAGAUGUGUGUUGUCAUGACGAUAGUCAGCUAUGCUGCUCCCCUUGCCUCCUUGUUUGAUGUGUUCAGGACCCACAGCACAGAGUGCAUGUCCUUCCCCUUGGUGCUAGCUUAUUUCAUUGUCUCGGUCGAGUGGUUUAUUUAUGGGUCUUUUCUCAAAGAUCAAUACGUUCAGAUGCCAAACUUGAUUGGAAUAGCCUUAGGAGUCCUUCAGUUAGGAUUAUUUGUGGUAUUUCCCAACUCUAAGACAACCCUGCCCCAGACAGGUGGCGAAAAAUUGUGAUGUAUUUAAGCAACACAUUGUGAUGUGCAGAUCGAGGCAUCAUGUGUAGGGGGUUGAUGCUUACCUUAUAGACUGGUCUCCAUUGAAUUUCUACAAUGACUUUGUGCCAGAGCUUAUCCUCAAACUAUGUGAUAUUAUAGGAUCUUAUAUUGUCAUGUUGUUUUAGAGGGGAGGGGAGGUCAGGUUAAACAUUACAAAGGUAACGUUUCUAAUCUAUUUAAACUUAAAGUCCAAAAUUUUGUUAUUAUAUUAACGCACUUUCAUUCUUUACUAAUUUGUAUUAAUUACAGGCAGGAUUUUUAUUUAUUUAAUUUAUAUUUGGUAUAAAAACAAAACAAAUGUAUUUGCAAAAAUGAUAGUGUUCAAUUGAUUUUAUCUCCUUAUAAUUAUAAACAUGACAAUUACGCAUGAGUGAAAUUGACAUGAUUAGUACGCCUAAGUUAAAUUUUAUAUCCGAGUUAUGAACAGUGAAAACUUGUGGGCAAAUGUAUGAUAAAAAUAGAUAUAUUUGUCUCUUUCACUCUUCAAAUAGUUAGUAUUUAUAUAGUAUUUCUUCAGCACGUUAAAACAAAGAGAUCUAUAUUUUUACUGUAGAAGUAGCCAUGAUUAAGAUUUAUGAUAAAUCUUAUAAAUGAAAACUAGAUAAAUCAUAGGAUCUUGUUUCGAUUUGCAAAAAUCUUUUUUUUAUGAUAGAUUCACUAUUAUGUUUUAAUUCAAAAGUGAAUUUUUAUCACUCAGCAAAUGGAGAUUCUAUAGCAUAUAGUUUUUGGUCUGUCUGUUUGCAAAAAUCUUUGAUGAUUAUCUUGGCCAUAACUUUUGAGUGGAUGGUCUUAGGGUUUUCAUAUUUCACUUGUAUAUUCCUUGUGACAAUUAAUUAAGACCUUUCUUUUGAUUUCAAUAUUUUUUAACCUUGAUCUUGGGGUUUGACCUACUUUUGAAAAAACCCUUUAACCUUGGCCAUAACUUUUGAAGGUUAGUGCUACAUGUGUAAGGCUUUCAUAUUUCACGUGUAUUCCUUGUGACAAGAUUUCUUUGAAUACCAAAGCUUUUCAUCUCCAGACCUUGACUUGGAAUUUAAACUACUUUUGAAAAAUUAUAACCUUUUCCAUUAUCAACUUUGCUGCCGUACGGGGGCAUCAGUGUUUCACAAACACAAUCUGGUUUUCUCUACAUGAUAAAUAACCUUUUGUUAGAUGGAGAUCUCUUCCAUGACGCAAUAAUUUCAAUGUGACAUUUUUCAUUUUGUUGUCUGAUUUUGUGAAAGAGGCCUUUUGUGGUUAAAUUGCAUUCAUUGAAAUUUGUAUGACCAUGGUUUUAGAAGAGGCUUUUCGUGGCAAAACUGUAUUCAUUGAAAUUUGUAUGACCACGGUUUUAGAAGAGGCCUUUUGUGGUUAAACUGCAUUCAUUGAAAUUUGUAUGACCAUGGUUUUAGAAGAGGCUUUUUGUGGCAAAACUGUAUUCAUUGAAAUUUGUAGGACCAUGAUUUUAGAAGAGACCUUUUGUGGUUAAACUGCAUUCAUUGAAAUUUGUAUGACCAUGGUUUUAGAAGAGGCUUUUUGUGGCAAAACUGUAUUCAUUGAAAUCUGUAGCGCCUUUUAGGGAUUUUAGAUGCUCUGCAUCAAAUUGAAUUACGCUGUUCAUUACCUAUGUUAGAAUAUAUAAUACUCAAUUUUCAUGUCUAUGAAGAUGUUAGGUUUUUCUCAUCAAAAUUUUCUCCAUAUUCUGAUGUUUGAUGUCCAUCUGUAAACACUUUAUACUCGUGACUUCUUCAGAACCUCUCGUCCAAUUUCAACCAAACUUGGUGAGAAUUAUUCUCAGAUAAAGAGGAUAUCCCCUUGUUCAAAUCAAUAGUCAAGACCCACUGUAAAGGGAGAUAAUUGGAUUUAGAAUAAUAAGUUAAAGAUGGCUAUAUACAUAAUUUAUAUGUAAUCUCUGUGUGGUAUUGCACUCAUCUUAAGUAAGUGUAGAUGUAAGGGCUAACAGUUAUAAUUGUGGUCCCUGGAUUCGAACAUGUGACCUUUGAUCAUGAUGGAACUACAAAGAGGCGGAAAAAAUUUCAUACGACUAUAUACCAGUGUAAAAAGAAGAAAUCUUCACUCAAGAACCGCUUGGCUAUUUAUAGAAAUAAAUUUCAAUUCUGAAAAUAGAUGAGGACAGGAACUGUGACACUUUAUGCCAGUAUACUAGUAUUCAAAAACAGAAUCAAUGCAAAGGAGUAUUAUAUGUGUAUUAUUUAUUGUGUGUUAAAUUGGAUCCUCUGUAUCAACACUGCCGUUGGGGGUGUACUGUUAUAGUACAGGCUAGUCUAUAGUGUUAUAAUAUUUUAAUUUCAACAUAAUCUACAAAUUUCUGUAUAUUUGAAAUCUUUGUUUGCAUGCAUGCCUGAUGAUUGUUGAAAGAAAAAAAUGUGUUAAUUAUCGUUAAUUUAUCUGGUAUGUCCGAAUAGUUUUUCCUGUGAACAGUAUCAUUAUGAUUACAAGUAUAUAUGUAUACAUGGACCAAAUGCAUUUGAUUUAGAAUGAGUUAUUUAUAGCGAGUACAAGUAACGUUUUUUUUCGACAUUAAUUGUGCUGAUUAUCAUGAGUGCCACAUACAUUGUAUGUAAUUACGACAAGCAGAUUGUACAUGUAAAGUUUAAUUUUUCUCAAGUGCUAAUUAUAUUGAGACUCAGUGCUAAUUAUAACAAUUAUAGGUAAAGUUUAAAUUUUUCACAUGUGCUAAUGGUAUCGAGACUCAAUGCUAAUUAUAACAAGUAUAAUGUAAUGUUUAAUUUUUCACAUUGUGCUAAUUAUAUCGAGACUCAAUGCUAAUUAUAAAAAGUAUAAUGUAAUGUUUAAUUUUUCACAUGUGUUAAUUAUAUCGAGACUCAAUGCUAAUUAUAACAAGUAUGAUGUAAUGUUUAAUUUUUCACAUGUGCUAAUAUUUAAUUUUUAUAUGUGCUAAUUAUAACAAGUAUAAUGUAAUGUUUAAUUUUUCACAUGUGCUAAUAUUUAAUUUUUAUAUGUGCUAAUUAUAACAAGUGCUAAUUAUAACAAGUGCUAAUUAUAACAAAUGCACAUGUUUAAUUGUUGCCUGUAAUCGUUUUUAAGUUUAUGAAUAAUCUGUGUGUCUGUCAACUUGUGAAAGAAGGUAUACAUGAGGUUUAUAAUUUACGUUGUAUUACACUCUCCGGGUCAGGGUUGCUUCGAGUUCUACUUUCCCCCUGUCGUUUAUCAUUGAAUCCUCUUUAUUGUUGACUUCUCUCUCAAUAUGAUAAAAGUUAAAUGUUAUAUAUCCAUUAGUGUAAUGAAUAUGUGAGUGGAUCUAUUGUUAAUUAGAUUACUUCUGUCCAUGAUAUUAUUUCAAAAUAUGUGAUACUUGUGCCUUUAAUGUUGUGCAAUAAACUUGUUGCAUCUCCUGUAUUACUUACAUGUAUUAAAUGUGCCUUGUAUGUUGUUUAAA